ACAUAUCCGGAAAUGGAUCGAAAACUUCAAGAAACCCAGCAGAUUGUCGAGCACGAGGAACAAGUUUAUCGGCAGCUUUGUUCGAAUGUUUCUUCCGAAGCACGAACGUUGCUGAACAAAUAUCCUCAGUUUCUGGACGAGGCCGACAUUGUUGAUCAUCCCGGCUUACCUCAUGCAUUGAAAGAGAUUCAAAGACUGAAGUUGACAAAUCCAAGUUUAUUGGGAGGAGAAGCUAUUCACAAAAUGUACGAUACUUAUGGGUUGGAUGAAGAUAUGCUGACAAAAAUUGGCCUGUUUGAGGAACUCAAAUUUGACUUCCAAGACUACGAACAGUACUCUCGAAGGUUGAAAGAAGGAGCUAAGUUGGAGUUAGCAACACGGUUACAUGAAUCAUUAGAAGCUUCGAAAAGUUUAGAUUUCAGACAAACCGAAAUAAAUCCUACGCAAAACCAGUAUAAAUAUAAUUUUGUAUACAAUGCAGAUAAAAACUGCUAUGAGAUUCCUCAACUGAAGACUAAAAUUGCCGCUAUUGUCAAAACAAAAGGAGCAAAAAGUAAUGUGUACCAUGUUAUAACUGAAAAAAGUAACUUUUACCCCGAAUCUGGAGGUCAACAAAGUGACAAGGGCAACAUCUCGUUGGCUUCGGAUUCGAAAGUUCAGCUUGCUGUUCGAUCCGUGUCGGAAAAGCAAGGACUUAUCUUGCAUACAAUCGAAGGCGAUGAUCGUUCGAUGGAACUGUUUUCCACUGGCGAUGAGGUUUUGUUGACGGUUGAUCCUGCCAAACGUACUGGUAGCACAAUCCAUCAUACAGCAACCCAUUUGUUGAAUGCCGGGGUAAGAAAAUGUCUGGGGGUACCCAUUUGUCAGCGAUCAAGUUUCGUCGGCGAUAAAGCGCUCAAGCUGGAACUGGUUGUGUGCGGACCGAAAAUAGGUCUGGAAGAUGUCGAUGCGAUAGAACAGCAUGUUCGCCAGGCUAUCCAAAGCAAUCAUCCGGUGCGUAUUCGCGUUUGCGAUGUCAAAGAUGUUAAUUUGGAUCAGGUCACAACUAUUCCCGGAGAGGUGUAUCCAGAGAAAGGGCUUCGUCUUGUGGAAAUCGGAUCGUCAACUUCAACCGAGUUCUGUUGUGGGACGCACGCUCAAUAUACCGGGGAACUGCAAGAUUUCUGCAUAAUAGAUCUAGCUCAAACGAAACCCGGAUGUUUCAGCUUCCAUGCCAUCGUUGGUCAACCAGCAUCGAAAGCACAGCAGUUGGGUCGACAAAUCAAUAUCGACGUAAACCAACUGAAAGCCGAUAUGGACCAGCAAGACUUACCUCAGGGCUUCUCCAGCCACAUCGACGCACGUAUGCAACGGCUUAAAAAUGUGCUUCUGGUGGGCUCGGAUAACAACAUCAACCUUCCGUAUGCUAUUCGACAGCGUUGUCUCGAUGUGAUUCAGGAGCUGUACAAACGACUUAAGGAUCAAAGUAGAGAAUCAUUACGGGAAUUGAUAGACUUGGAAAUGCGUAAUCUUCAAGAGGAAAAACCGGUCGAUAAAUAUCCGUUUUUGGUGCACUUUCUUGAAUGUUCGGUUAUACUACAGGAGGUGCAACUGAGCAAAGCUACCCGACAUUUCGUGGAUAGACCAGUGUUGGUUAUUAGCAUCACAGAUGAACAGGUGAAGGCUCGUGCAACAGUACCGUCUAGCUUUAUCAACGAACGAUUCGAUGCCCACAAGUGGUUGCAAACAGUCGGUGCAGUGUUUAAAUCGCCAAUGGCUGCGCCAAAGGGUCAAAAUGCUGCCGAAGUUUGCAAUAUGAAGGUGAAGAAGGUAAAGUUAUCACAAUUCGAAACAUUGUUGGAAAAAGCCACUAAUGAUGCCUCAGAAUUUGCGAGUCAACAUUUGGGUUGAAUUGUUGCGAGAUUGUUGCCGAUGUUUUUAGUUUAUGUUUACGAAAUACCAUACAACAUUUUAA